AUGGUUGAAGAUCAGCGUGUGUGUAAUGAGUCAGCAGAGCUGGAUGGACAGACUGUGACCUCUUAUGCCUUUAAUGUUUUUGUCGUUUCUUUGUCACUGCUGAUAAUAUGUGGAAACCUUCUUGUGAUCGUCUCUGUGGUUUACUUCAAGCAGCUCCACACUCCAACAAACUACCUCAUCCUCUCUCUGGCUGUGACCGACCUGCUGGUUGGGGCUUUAGUUUUACCUUUCAGCACAAUAUUGUCUCUCAGCUCCUGCUGGAAUUCAAGUUAUUUACUCUGUAAAAUGCGAGGCCUGUUUGAUAUUUUACUGUGUGUAUCAUCUAUUUUAAAUUUGUGCUGCAUAUCCAUUGACAGAUAUUAUGCAGUGUGUCAUCCUUUAACAUAUAGGAGUAAAAUGAAUGUUCGUGUGAUUCUGACCAUGAUCCUGGUGAGCUGGACUCUUUCAGCUCUACUGGCUAUUAGCAUCAUAGCACGAGGGAUAAAUCAAGAAAAUCUCACAAGGAGGUGUAAUUUAUUCACAGCUACAAAACAAUUCAGUCCCGAAACCAUUUUUGAAUUUUACAUACCAGGUAUUAUCAUUUUAUCAAUCUACCUUAAGAUUUUCACGGUGGCGAAGAAGCAGGCGAGACAAAUCCAGAACACUCUGAAGUCUGAAGCUGCUCUCAGUAAGAUGGAGAGAAAGGCCAACAUAACUCUGAGUGUGGUGAUGGGAGUCUUCCUCAUGUGUUGGACUCCUUUCUUUCUAUCCAUUGGUUUUCACAGUAUGGGAAUAGUCACAAUACCAGUUGCAGCCAUUGAAGGAUUUAAAUGGUUAGGAUGGUCCAAUUCUAUGUUAAAUCCUCUGGUUUACGCUUUUUUCUACAGGUGGUUCAGACAAGCCUUUGCUAUGAUCAUUUCUGGUCAAAUAUUUCAAGGAGAUUUUUCCAAUACAAAAUUAUUGUGA